CGAAUAUGCAUUUUUUUAUACGCAACAGAAAUUCCUAUAAAGCAAGCGGCAUCAUCCAUAUUUCUAUUGAAUUUCCGUAUUUAUCAACACACAAUCGCACCUAUCCUUUUAAUUUUUUAAUAAUUAUUUUCAAAAUGAAGUUCACAUAUUGUUCGUCUACCGUCGCUGCUAUUGCUUUUUGGGCAACCUCUAAUGGAUAUAACCUCUGGAACAACAGCAAUAGACGCACACUUAAAGCACGCCAGUCUCAACCCGCAGGUUCAUUUAUCGACUUUACAGAUCGUGAAGCACUUGGAAAAUUCAACGUCGAAUGGUGUCCCCAAAACACCUACCAAACGCAAAACUCUGUGGUUUGGCGGCUGACCCCUGAGUGCGGCACGACAAUAGUAUUUCCGUGGGAUUUCCAAUACGGUAAAAUCGAAGGACGCAUCCGCGCUGCGCAUGGAAGUGGGGUUGUGUCUACUCCAGCCGACGAGCUGGAUUGGGAAUGGGUGGGCAGGGACACUUUGACAGCACAGUCCAUGUAUUUUCGCGUUGAUCCUGUACCACAAUAUCUAAACACCCCUGGUGACAUGGCUGCUGGGUUCCACAAUUAUGCCAUCGAGCUUAAUAAGGACAGUGUCAAGUGGUACAUUGACGACUGGCUGGUCCGCACUCUGCCCGUGUCGAUGGGCGUCCCCUUCCCAGUUGGUGCAAGUCGUCCUCGCAUGGGCGUUUGGGACGGCACACAAAACCAGCGGCUGGGCUGGCACUGGCCAUUCACAGCCGAAAUGCAGUGGUUUAAAUUUACGCCAUAUUGCUAAGCAUAUGGUGUUUGAUAUUUGAUUUCAGUUAUAUUUCUAAUUUGAUUAUUUGGUAUAUAAGUAAGAGACUCGCACAGUAGCAUGUGCUUGUCUUUUUCAAAGGGGAAACUAAAGACCAAAUAUUUG